UUGAGUCUUAUAGUGAAGAAACAAAGGAUCAAAAGAUAAUAUGUUCGAUCAAAUUUGAUAAAAUUAGCUUUUACAAAGAUAUAAACUUGACCAUCUAAAAUCUAUAUACAAAAAACAUCUGCGGGCAAGCGUGCUGAUCAAGCUCUAAUUUUAUGAUUAAGCUUCAAAAAUAAAAGUCAAUUCUUCAAUGUCAAAGUUUCACAGAACCACUAAGCUAAUCUCUAAUCUCAUGUGUACUCACUGCCUAUAUAAGUGAGACCUGACUCCUCAUACUUACCCACAACACAACCAAUGUUUUUUUUUCUCUUAACACAAACAUCAAUUCAAUAAUGAGUACUUUCACAACCACAUCAGUUCUAAUCGUUGCGAUUAGCAUUUUGAUUAUUGCAUCCAGCGUUCAAAGUACUGAACAACAAGACUACUUAAACACUCACAACGCUGCACGUUCGCAGGUUGGAGUACCAAACAUUGUAUGGAACGCAACGAUCGCGAGCUACGCACUGAACUAUGCAAACGCUAGAAGAUCUGACUGCAACCUCGUGUACUCGGCUGGACCGUAUAGAGAAAAUCUAGCCAAGGGAAGUAGCAGCACUUUCUCGGCCAUAUCGGCCGUGAAUCUUUGGGUCGCUGAGAAACCUUACUACAACUACAGUACCAAUUCUUGCACAGGUGGAAAACAUUGCUUUCAUUACACGCAAGUGGUGUGGAGAGAUUCAGUGAAGUUAGGCUGCGCUAGGGUUCAGUGCACAAAUGGUUGGUGGUUUGUGAUUUGUAACUAUGACACACCCGGCAAUUACAUCGGACAGUACCCGUACUAA